UUUAGAUCGUUCGCCGCCAUUACUGCAUAACGUCAUGUCAACCGUGCGUGUGUAGUCAAGACUCAGAAUUGUACAACCCUUAUUAAUUGUAUUAUAUUGAUUGAUUUCGUCUUUGAAACUAUUUUUAAUUCAAUUGACACGGUGCUAUAGACUAUUCACAACAAGUUAUAACGAUAAGUAUAUUACAAUGUCCGAAACUGAAGAUCAACAGCAAAAGGCUGCGAAGACGAGCAAACAGCACAACGUACUACCGAUAUGGGGUAGUCAGGAAACCAUGAAUUUGAACCAUUUAAUAUUAGCUAAUAUUCAAGGUUCGAGUUACUUCAAAGUUCACUUGUUCAAGCUGAAGACGUACCAUGAGGUGGUGGACGAGAUCUACUACCAGGUGAAGCAUCUGGAGCCCUGGGAGCGCGGCAGCAGGAAGACCGCUGGCCAGACGGGCAUGUGCGGCGGUGUUCGCGGCGUGGGCGCCGGCGGCAUCGUCUCGACCGCCUUCUGUCUCCUGUACAAGCUGUACACCCUGCGUCUGACCAGGAAGCAGGUCAACGGACUGUUGCAGCAUACAGACUCGCCGUACAUCAGAGCGCUGGGCUUCAUGUACAUCCGCUACACGCAACCCCCGGCCGACCUAUUCGACUGGUUCGCCGACUAUCUCGACGAUGAGGAGGAGAUCGACCCUCGCGCCGGCGGCGGCGGCACCACCACCAUAGGGGCCCUGGUCAGACAGAUGCUCAUCAAACUUGACUGGUUUAACACGCUUUUCCCGAGGAUACCAGUGUCCAUACAGAAACAGAUUGAGCUCAAGUUAGGAGAACACAACAGGAACACAGCGCCAGCCAAGCCGGUGGCGCGGGCCUACAACCCGGGCAGGGCGGAGCCCGACCGGCGCGACCACGACGACCGCGACCGCCGGGAUUACGGCGACGACAGAUCAAAAGACAGACAACGGGAGCCUCCAAAGCGCGACGACAGAUCUCGCGAACGCGACCGCACGCGCGAUCGCGAGCGGGAGCGGGAUCGCGACCGCGACCGGCGCGACCGCGACAGGGACCGAGACCGCCGCGAUCGAGACAGGGACCGGGACCGCAGAGACCGCGACCGCCACCGGUCGCGGUCGCGCGACCGCAGAUAUAGAUAACGUUAUGAAUAAAGA